GCAGUUCAGUAGUCCUGCGAGCAGUGCGGAGAAAGCAGUGUCGUGUGAGCGAGCUGGUGCCGUAGCGCCGCCGUCAAAUCGCGCGCCACCGCACCAUGCCUCCGAGUCUCGUGCUGGUGAUCGCCGCCACCGCCGCCGUGUACGCCGUCUUCGGGGCCUCCGUGCCGCCGACCGAUUCCGCCACUUCCACCCCUUGCGCCAUCCUCGAGGACCGCUGCCAGUGCACGCCGGACCUGCAGGAGUUCGUCUGUCGGACGGCCGGCUUCACAGAGGUGCCCCACAACCUGCCCUACUCCAUCACCAAACUAGAUCUGACGAGCAACAAUAUUACAUCCCUCAACGAAACCUCGCUGUCUCACUACACCCACAUCGAAGAAUUGACACUCUCCGAGAACAAACUCGAGUCCAUCCACCCGAAAUCGUUCGCAAAGAACGUUCAGUUAAAGAGAUUACUUUUGCAAGGGUGCACCCUCGCGGAAAUCCCCGUGGACGCCCUCCGUCCCCUUAGCAAACUCCAAACUUUGCAUCUGGGCAAUAACGAAAUCUGGAAAUUGGAUGGAACCACUUUCCAGCAGGUUCCUUCACUGCGCAGCUUGCGUCUGGACGGCAACCGUCUGCGCGGUGUUCCUUCGGAGGCACUUUCCAGUCUCCCGCACCUUGAGGUCCUGAACAUUGGAAAUAAUCUCAUCAACGCCCUCCCUCCAGCCGCUUUCCCAACGUUGGAUAAACUCGUCGUAUUAUUGAUGAAACGUAACCAGAUAAGUGAGAUCGCAGAGGAAGCUUUUGCAAACUUGACGUCUCUCAAAGUCCUAGAGCUCGACGACAAUUUCCUAACCGAGAUACCUGCAGCAGUCACGAAGCUCGCCAAACUGCAGGAACUAUCGAUAUCUGGUAACCGCAUCAAGUAUAUCCGUGGGGGAUUAUUGCAGAAGACACCCGCCUUGGCUCUCUUAGAGCUGAAAGGAAAUCCUUUGACAGGAGUGGACGCCCACGCAUUCUCUUUUCUGCCGCGACUUCGAAAGCUGAUUCUGUCUGAGGCAAGAGAGUUGUCGACGUUCCCUAACUUAAACGGCACAACGGCCUUAGAGAUCCUAAGGUUGGAUAGGGCAGGGAUUUCUUCCGUCCCUUCCACAUUGUGUACAACUUGUCCUAGACUCAAAAGCUUAGACCUCAAGUCAAACAAGCUUAAAACUAUACCUGACCUCAACAACUGCAAAGAGAUGAGAGUUCUGGAUUUGGCCAGCAACCACAUCCGGUCGCUGGAAAACAGGCCAUUUCGUGGCAUGUACCAAAUGCACGACCUACUCUUGGCUCACAAUGAAAUCCAAUACAUCCCACAAGACGCCUUCUACAAUCUCUCCAGACUUCAAGUUUUGAAUCUCGAAGAUAAUCAGAUUUCCUUUAUUCACCCGGAUGCUUUUCUCCCGAUUUCAAAAAUCGAGGAUUUAAAUCUGGGCCAGAAUGUUUUCCCCCAUUUACCGUCGGCCGGUUUGGAACGACUCUUGCAUUUGAAAACUUUCAAUAAUCCUAAUUUGCGCGAAUUUCCACCACCGGAGGAAUUUCCACGCAUCCAGACUUUGGUCUUGGCGUAUGCUUAUCACUGCUGUGCUUUUUUACCUCUGAUUCCUUCAAAUCCGCCCCCGAAAGCCAAAGAUUUCAUUGUUUUUCCCGACAUUGAAGAUAUUGAUAUGAACAUGUGGAACUCCAGCUUGAACGACUAUUGGCCAUCACAGCAAAAUUUGAGUCACAAAUUUGGUAAAAAAUUUGAAACUAUUUGGGAAAAUCUCCGGUCUGAUUUCACGUACCCUGGAAAUUUUCCGUCCUAUAUGGAAGAAUACGCCGAAGAAGAAGCUCAAAGGGUGGCAGGUGGUGAUGGACCCCCUGGAAAAAUCCAGUGUUUGCCUUUGCCAGGUCCUUUUUUGCCGUGUCAAGAUUUAUUCGAUUGGUGGACUUUACGUUGUGGAGUUUGGAUUGUUUUUCUUUGUGCGAUGUUGGGAAAUGGGACUGUGGUUUUUGUUUUGAUUUUUUCCAGGGGCAAAAUGGAUGUUCCGAGAUUUCUGGUCUGCAAUUUGGCGGCCGCGGACUUUUUCAUGGGCAUUUAUUUAGGUUUCUUAGCAGUGGUGGAUGCCUCCACCCUCGGCGAGUUCCGGAUGUACGCAAUUCCUUGGCAAAUGUCCGCCGGUUGUCAAUUAUCCGGCUUCUUGGGUGUGCUCAGUUCGGAACUGUCAGUCUACACUCUGGCCGUAAUCACUCUCGAACGCAAUUACGCCAUCACUCACGCUAUGCAUCUGAACAAAAGGCUUUCUCUAAAACACGCCGGUUAUAUAAUGAUCUGCGGUUGGAGCUUCGCCAUCGUCAUGGGCCUCCUCCCCUUGUUCAGCGUCUCCGAUUACCGCAAAUUCGCCGUUUGUCUCCCUUUUGAAACCAAAGAUGCAGCCAGCUUGACCUACGUCGUGUUCCUCAUGUUCAUCAACGGAGUCGCGUUUUUGAUCCUGAUGGGCUGCUAUCUCAAAAUGUAUUGUGCGAUUCGGGGCUCCCAAGCCUGGAACUCGAACGAUUCGAGAAUCGCGAAACGCAUGGCGUUGUUAGUUUUCACGGAUUUUUUGUGUUGGUCCCCUAUUGCGUUUUUCUCACUGACGGCUGCUUUCGGUUUGCAGUUAAUCUCCCUCGAACAAGCCAAAGUGUUCACUGUGUUUGUUUUACCGUUGAAUUCGUGUUGCAACCCUUUCUUGUACGCAAUUCUGACAAAACAGUUCAAAAAGGAUUGUGUUAUGAUUUGUAAAGCGAUUGAAGAAAGUCGGGUGACGAGAGGAAUCGGUCGCUGUAGACACAGUUCUAACUUUAGUAAUAGACAAACUCCGGCGAAUACUAACAGUUUAGCGGAUCGGUCAUCACGUGAGAAACAGGACCACGUGCCCACGUGUACUUGUAAUGUUAAGUUGCUAGGCGAGAGAAGUGCCCCUCCUCAAAGGACUGACCGAAAGACCAGAACCCGCGAGUGGCUUUUGAGUAAGGCUCGAUGGUUGUUAUGUGUGAGGCGACAGCCGAGGCACCGACCGAGGUCCGAUCAAUAUACCUACCAAAUCGCUGAAAUCCAACAAAAGCAACACAAGAGGGCCUCUUCCGUCUCCUCCAGCGAGAAUUUCAGUUCGAGUCGGUCCGACUCCUGGCGCCACAACCACCACUGCGGCAUCCCGCUCCGACUAUUGGACCCCAAACGGAGAGCUUCUUCAUGGCUCGUGACCCGGAAAACUUCGCAAGACUCAAACUUGUCGAGUUCGAGGAACGAUUCCUCCGGCUCUGCUACCACUGCUAGCACUAGUACUUGGCGGAUGUCGCGCUCGAGCGCCUCGAGUGAGCCAAACAGGAUUAGGGCUAAACCCAGACUGACAAGACAGAGUGCCAUACAGGACGAGGGGGAUUUACCGGGGUCCCCCGGAAGACUCACUGUGCGCUUCCUGACGACCAUUCCGUCAGCUGCUGAGACUAGUAUGCAGAUGGAGGACGAGCAGCCGGCCAUUUUGGUGAGUCCGUCCAAGGAGCGUGAAGGCCCUUUGUAUGCCAUUUUGCACUCGCAGCCGGUGACCCCCGCCAGGAGACAGAGUAUUGUGACGCUGCACCCGCCGGAGACGAUUCAUAAUUCUAGUCAGCCCAGUGAAGCAGGGCCUUCCAGAUAAUAAUCAUUAGUACCUAGGUUUACCAAAAUGGGGCGCUCUGAGUUUUGAUAGGACAAUAGUGGAAUUUUUUCAAGACUCGGAGCGUGUUGCUACCAAAAUAUACCUAUUUUAGCUAUAAAUGUUUUGUAUUUAUUGAUUUAUACGUAAGAUUAAGACAGAAUGCGUGAUAUGUUUAGGUUAAGGCGGAAUUAAUAACAAUAAGUGAUAAUUUAUAACGCAAAAGUAUAUUAUAUAAAUAUAAAAUGUUAUUUACACAAAGACGUUCCAUGUUAAAUAUAGGAAGUAUGAAAUUAAACUAUUCCAUACUGUUAUUAUAUUAUUACUA